CCGUUUAUGCACGAGGUUAAUCGGAAGGAUUAUCCCGACUAUUACAGGAUCAUCAAGAAAGUUACAUCUCUGAGUACCGUCAAGGAGAACCUUGUAUCUGGACGUAUCAAAUCGAUGGGUCAAUUCAUCAAUCAGAUGGAGCUGGUGUUUAGAAACGCUCAGACGUACAACGAUGAAGGUUCGUUGCUUUACCAAGACUCAAAGACUUUACAGGACUAUUUCCAUUCCAGAAUGGACGAAAUU